CGCAAGUUACCUUUUCUAUUAUUUAACAUAACUUUUUAAUGUUAUCGUGCUAAUAUAAAAUUAAUUAACUCAAUAAUGUUUAAAUUAGUGAAGUGCGCGGUCUUUAACCAAGGUUUAAGGAAAGAAAAGUUUAUCAGUGAAACGAAAAGUGUGUGUGCAUUUUCUACUAAAAACAAUAUACACAGCUAUGAGCAAGUGAACGCAAGCAAAUACAGGACGCAGAGCGUAGCGGAGUAUUAUGCUGGGAAAAAAGUUUUCAUCACCGGAGGCACUGGGUUCUUGGGAAAGGUGUUGAUAGAACGACUUCUAUCAAGCUGUACCCAAAUUGAUAGCAUUUACGUUUUGAUUAGGGAAAAAGAAGGACAAACCAUUGAAGCGAGGCUCAAACAACUACUGGACGUUCCCCUUUUUGACAAACUGAAGCAAGGGAAACCAGAGAGCCUGAAUAAGGUCAUUCCUAUUCGAGGUGACAUUGCCAAAGACAACCUAGCCAUCACACAAGAAGAUCAAAACACAUUUAUUGACGAUGUGUCUGUGGUAUUCCACUCGGCAGCGACGGUCAAAUUCACUGAACCCUUCAAAAGUAUGAUAAGAGUCAAUUUGGAGGGGACCUCUAAAAUUAUGGACCUUAGUAAAAGGAUGAAGAAUUUAGAUACGUUUGUGUACAUUUCAACGGCAUAUUCGAACAGUAACAAGCCAGUGAUCGACGAAGUAAUCUACCCACCGCCGAAGCCACUAGAUGAAGUUUACAAGUUCAUUGAAAAACAUGGCAAUAACCAGGAGGAAAUAGACAAAUUCUUAGUUGGUUUGCCAAACACGUACACGUUCUCGAAGGCACUCUGUGAGACCCUGGUUCAGCAGGACCACGGGCACAUGAAGACCAUCAUCGUCCGACCAUCCAUUGUAACGCCAGCGCUGCAGUCGUCACUCCCCGGCUGGUGUGACAGCUGGGUAGCCUCUACGGCAAUGUUCAGCGACGUCGCGCGAGGCCUCACGCGCGUGAUAUACGGCCAACGCGACGUCGCGUGCAACAUGAUACCCGUGGACUACGUGUGUAAUCUGGCGAUCGUCGCCGCCGCGAGGGGCAAUCCGUGUGACGAGGUGAUAGUGUACAACAGCUGCAGCAACACAAACAACUGCAUCUCCUGGAAACAAGGAGCUGACUUGUACUUGGAAGAGAGCCUCAGACAUGGCCGAGUUCCAGGAGCCCUCAAGCCGAGGAAAGUCGCGGUAUCGAGCUCACCAUUCGUGGUGUCUUGUCUGACGUUCACGCGGCAGACUGUACCAGCUUUCUUUGCAGACCUGUGGCUGCGGGUGAAGGGAGAAAAGCCAAGGUACAUGAAAAUGCAAAAGCGCGCGGUUCUCUUGAGAGACCUGCUUCGAGGCUUCACGUCAACCAAUUGGGUGAUCAAGUCAGACAAGGCCCAGCACCUGAUGGCCACAAUGAGUGAAGAGGACCGGGUUCUAUUCCCGUGUAACCCAAAAUCUAUCAACUGGAAGGAGUACAUGAAGACAUUCUAUAGUGGGGUACAAAAGUUCAUGUUGAAUAAGUACCAAUAAAUAAAUAAAUGGUA